GUAAUUUUCAAAAGCCCCAUCAUUCACUUUCUCUCUCCAUCGCUGGCAUAAUUUCUUAGGGUUCUACAAGGGUUUCUCUCUAAAUUCUUCAUCAAUUCAAUCACUAUGUGAAUUGAAAUUAUCUUCUGAUUCCGAGUAUAUAGAUACCAUUUGUAUAUCUACACGAUUGUAAUUAUAUGGCUACUUAUCAGCCGAUUAGAGGAAGUGGAUCAAGUUUACAGUUCUUGAAUCAUCCGUUUGGGGACACUACAUAUACAAAGGUGUUCGUUGGAGGGCUUGCAUGGGAGACACAGAGCGAGACGCUACAUCGUUAUUUUGAACAAUUUGGGGAAAUUUUGGAGGCUGUUGUUAUAACUGAUAAGCAUAGCGGAAGAUCAAAAGGCUAUGGAUUUGUAACAUUUCGUGAUGCUGAAGCUGCAACUAGGGCUUGUGUUGAUCCCAGUCCAAUCAUUGAUGGUAGAAGGGCAAACUGUAAUUUAGCAUCACUUGGUCGCCCUCAACCACCUUUACCUUUUGGGCGUAUGAGACCAAUAACACCCUUCUUUAAUAGUCUCCAAGGAGGCCCAUUUGUUGGAGGCCCAAAUUAUCGCCAACCUGUUCCUUACAGUUAUCAACAAUUCCCAUAUUCCUUAUACGGGUAUCCUCCAUCACCUUAUGCUCCUGAAUACCUCUUCCAUCAGGUUCAGUAUAAUCCUUACACAGGCCAAAUGCAGCCUAAUCCUCAAAUGUUUGGCCCAAGCCCAAGCCCAAGCCCAAGCCCAAUAAACUCAAAUGUUUUUCCAUUUGGUCAAAUGGGCCCACUGCCACCUGGAAGCCCAGGGAUUAUGACACCUGGCCCACAUGUUGUAUCAUAUUCUAGACCAAGUGUGAGUGGAACAACCACAGAAACUGUUCCAAUGUCUCCAGCACCUUAUGUUACAGGUAUUGGUCCACCAUUUUUGGGACAGAUGAGGAGUGCCCAAGCUCAUCCUUCUCAGUUCACUCAGAAUCAUUUCUGUCAAAAGGUGAUCAGAAGUCAUGGACAUGAAGAGUCAAAAUGGGGUUGAUUUUUUUAAAAAAAAGUCAAUCUCUGAUUCCAGAGAAUCGGAAAAACAAACCAUGGUUUAAUUGGUCUGUAUAAAUGGUAACGGAAUUGUGAAUACACAAGAUUGUUGGAAUAUGGGAUUCCAGCAGUCGAUGCAUGAGCAUGAGGGAAUCAAUGUAUGAUUCCUUGAUGUUGAUGCCCAUGAAUUAUGGGAAACCUGUGGAUAUUAUGUUUUAUGGCUUUCUGGAAAUUAUGCUCCGGAAUAAUGCCCCCUUAAUUUUAUCGGCAACCUCGUUCCCAGGGUGUCAUGGAUAAAGGGUAAAUGACGAUUUUGCCCUUGCUGGAAUCCAAAGGUAUGGAUUUGAUAAUCUUGGGAAUGGAUUGUUAAAAAAGAGUAUUUAAAAGUCACCAUGUUGGUAUUCCGGUUUGGUUUUUAAGAUCUUUUUAAAUUAAUAUUGUUGGGA